AUGUAUCGGUUCCAGGAUUAUCACAGUGGGGUCAUCAGAUUUGCUGACCUCCGGGACCCAACAGACAUAUGGGAACUGGGAGAGACCAUUGGGGAAGGAACCUAUGGCUUGGUUCACCUGGGUACCAACAAACUUACAGGAGAAACAGUUGCCAUAAAAGUUAUGGAGUCAGUGACGGAGGUGAUAGAGGAAAUUGAGGAAGAGUACCGUGUCCUCAGAGACCUCGGAGAUCACCCUAACAUGCCCAAAUUUUAUGGUAUCUUUCUGAAGAAAGACGAGAGAGUAGGAGAGGAGCAAGUGUGGAUUGUUAUGGAGCUGUGUGGAGCAGGAUCAGUCACUGAGCUGGUGCGCCACUUGAUAAAUAAAUCUUCCUUCUUGGAUGAGGAGCUGAUAGCUUACAUACUGAAGGAAACCUUAAAGGUACUAGAUCAUUUACACUCACAUGAGGUUAUCCAUCGAGAUGUCAAAGGUCACAACAUUCUCAUAACAAGUAGUGGAGAAAUCAAGAUGAUUGACUUUGGUGUAUCAGGGCACUUGGAUUCACCCACUGGCCGAAGGAAGACACAUGUGGGGACUCCUUAUUGGAUGGCACCAGAGGUAAUCGCAUGUGAGCAGCAGCUUGAUUACUCCUAUGAUGUCCGAUGUGACAUUUGGUCUCUAGGCAUCACUGGCAUAGAACUUGCUGAUGGGAAGCCUCCCCUGGGUGACCUGGACCCUAGAAGAGCCUUAUUUAAAAUACCCAG